UUUGAAGUCUGCUGCAGAUCGCAGCUAUUUGACGUGUGGCUCAGCGAGCGGAAAGGUUUUUUGUCUCGCUGGGGCCGGUGCGGUUGUUGCUGCCGCCGCCGCCACAAAGCGCCCCUGCCCGGGCUUCCGCGCUGCAGAGCGCGCCUCUCCUCCCUUUCCCCCCCUCCCCAGCCCUGCCCUACCCCACCCCCACCCUGCCCGGCUCGCUCCCCCAAAUGAGCGGUUUGCCCGCUGGAUCUAACGCAAGGACAUCGCCCACGAGCAGCGGAGGCAAGAGCGCGGCCGCCCCCACCAGAACCUCCUCCUCCUCCUCGGUGCCGUCCUCCUCUUCAGCCCCGUCUCCGGGAGCAGCCGCCUGCCCGUGCCCGGCGCUCUCGCACCUGCCCCCGGAGGAUCCCCUGCGCCAGGCGAACCGGCUUCCCAUCAGGGUGCUGAAAAUGCUGAGCGCCCACAGCGGACACCUCCUGCACCCGGAAUACCUGCAGCCCCUUUCCUCCACGCCCGUCAGCCCCAUCGAGCUGGACGCCAAGAAGAGUCCCCUGGCGCUUCUGGCGCAAACCUGCUCGCAGAUCGGCAAGCCGGACCCCCCGCCCGCCUCCAAGCUGAACUCGGGCUCUUCUGCCGGCCUCUCCGGGCCAGACAAGGAAUCGGGCAGCCGCGCCGCCUCGGGUGCCCUCAAGCAACUGGGCGACCAGCCCAGCGAGGACAAGUCCAGCUUCAAGCCUUACUCCAAAGGCGGCGGCGGCGGCGGAGAUCCGCGCAAAGACGGCGGCGGCGGCGGCGGCCCGCCGAGCCAGGCUGGCUCCGGCGCGGAGAAGACCGGCUUCCGAGUGCCCAGUGCCGCCUGCCCUCCUUUUCCUCCGCAUGCCGCCGCCGCCUCCUCGUCCUCCACGUCCUCCUCCCCGGGCGGCUCCAGGGGCAACUCUCCGCAGCACGCGGACUGCAAAGGCCCGGACGACAAGAAGGAGCUGGAGGCCGCGGCCAAGGCCAGCCCGGACGGCGCGCAGGGGGCCGCGGGGGGCCGGGCCAGCAGCAGCAGCGGAGGCGGUGCGGGCAGCGCCGAGCCUGGAGCGCCAGGAGAGGCGGCUUCCGGGCGCAAGUCGGAGCCUCCUGCCCUGGCCGCCUCGGGCCACGUGGCGCCGGUGUCUCCUUACAAGCCGGGCCACUCGGUCUUCCCCUUGCCUCCUUCCAGCAUCGGCUACCACGGCUCCAUCGUCGGCGCCUACGCGGGUUACCCGUCCCAGUUCGUGCCCAGCCUGGAUCCUACCAAGCCCAGCCUGGUGAGCAGCCAACUGCCGGGGGCCUUAGGCUUGCCGGGCAAGCCCCCCAGCUCCAGCCCGCUGACGGGGGCCUCGCCCCCUUCCUUCAUGCAAGGAUUAUGCCGCGACCCCUAUUGCCUGAGCUACCACAGCGCCUCCCACCUGGGCAACAGCAACUGCUCCAGCUGCGUCCACGACCCGGGCAGCCUGAAAAGCGGAUACCCUCUGGUGUACCCCACCCACCCGCUGCACACCACCCUGGCCAGCGCCACGCCCAGCCUGCCGGGCCACCCCCUCUACACCUAUGGCUUCAUGCUCCAGAACGAUGCCCUGCCCCAUAUAUGCAACUGGGUGUCGGCCAGCGGACCCUGCGACAAGAGGUUUUCCACCUCGGAGGAACUGCUGGCCCACUUACGGACCCACACGACUCUGCCCGGGGCGGAAAAACUCUUGGCUGGCUACCCGACCUCUGGGCUGGGCUCGGCGGCUUCUUGCCACCUCCACCUCCCGCCCACGGCCCCGGGAAGCCCCAGCUCUUUACCGGGGUCCCUGUCUUUGAGGAGCCCACACACUUUGGGACUAAGCCGCUACCACCCCUAUGGCAAGAGCCAUUUGCCCACUGCUGGGGCCUUGCCGGUACCCUCCUUGCCAGCCGCCGGACCCUACUACUCUCCAUAUGCCCUGUAUGGCCAAAGACUCACUUCAGCCUCUGCACUUGGAUAUCAGUAACGAAAGCAGCCACCUGCGUCUGUCGCCUCGCCCUUCUCUUGCCCCUCGCCCUGGACUAUGUAUUUAUUUACUGUAUGUUAGCUUAACGCUGGGAAUAUAAGUGCAUUAAUACACCAAUGAAUCAAUGGUAUGCAAACAGUCUGUGUCCAAAAAAAAAAAAAAAAUCCCAAACCUUUCUUUUCUUCCCCCCCCCCCCAGGUGUGUAUGUGUGGAGGGGGGCUCUUAAUGUAUUUUCUUUUAAUCCCUUUUGAUUUUUUUUUUUUUUAAGAAUUCUUCUCCUUGUCUCCAGAAACCUUUUGCAUGAUUCUCCACAAGCUGCAUUUCUCCCCUCUCCCCAGCCCUCCUAUGUUUUAUCAUUUUUGAAAUUCAGUUUCUCUUUUGUACAGUUACCAGAAAUGUAAUUUUCCCCUCUCCCUCCCCCUUUUUGUGUAUUGUGUUCUAGGGAAAGGGGUGGUGGGAGGUCGGCUGGGGGAUUUUCGGCGGCUUUGUUCUAUCUGCAAAAUCUGAAUACCGUCGCUAGGGUGGUGGCGGCGGCGGCAGGCCAUGCCGUGGGGUGCACCUCGUUGGGUGUACCUUUCGGGCAGAGCAGAGUUCCGCCCCCAGCUUGGCCGUGACUCCUGCUCUGUUUAGUCAGGACCUUCUCUCUAAAGUCCAAGGCUCUGCCCAAUAUAGACAGAGUUGGUGUGCCAGUCCUUCUGGUACCUGGAUUUUGCUGAUGAUCACUGAAGUCCAGAAAGAGUGGCAUGUAAACAAUCCACCGCAGGGGACCUCUCCCAUUUUUUUCCUUUUUUUUUUUUUUUUAAGACCUGGAUUUCAAUAAAAUUGGCAUCCUCAAGGGACUGGAAUAGAAGAACUUUUUCACACACGCCAAAUGAAGAUCUCAGAAGAACUUUGCUCAGCCUAGUUCAAGCUGGCUUCUUGAAAGCAGUCCAGCUAGCCCUGGGGGGGCCUGUUGCACCCUCAACUGCAGGCUCAAAUCUACAAUACCAAAAACCCCUUCCCCUAAAUGCCCCCCAUCUCCCGACUUCUCUUGACCUAUGGGAAUGGAACAGUCUUUAGGGUGUGGAGCCCCCCCUCCCCUCCCCAGUCUAACGCAGCGCGGAAGGCUGCGGAUCAUUUUGGGUGAAUAGAGCUCCGUCCUGGUAAGUCUUAUUUUGUUAAUAAAUGAAUUCUUGACUAUA